GUUGACUCUUUUAGAUUCCUGGCAACUUUAGAUUCCUUCAAAACCAUUGCGGAAUCCUUUCGUUUGGGGUAUACAACAAUACAAGAAAUUGUACAUACAACUUGUGCAGCAUUGUGGGGCAUAUUGUCAAAAACCGUCAUGCCCAUACCAGAUGAAAGCAGGUGGAAGAGCAUUGAAGGCGAUUUCUCUCAAAAAUGGAACUAUCCAAACUGCAUAGGAGCACUAGAUGGGAAGUAUGUGCAAAUUUUCGCACCUCCAAAAACGGGCUCACUGUAUUUCAAUUAUAAGAAGUUUUUUUCUAUAAUGCUACUCGCCCUAGUCGAUGCAGACUACAAAUUUAUUUAUGUGAAUGUGGGCGAACAGGGGAAAAACAGUGACGCAGGGAUAUAUUCGCGCUCAGAUUUGGCAGAAAAACUCGAAAAUAACACUUUAAAUAUACCUGCCCCAAAAUCACCGCCAGGAACAGACGUUAAACUACCACACGUAGUAGGUGAUGAAGCUUUUCCAUCAAAGCCAUAUCUGAUGAGGCCUUAUCCUGGGUCACAACUGCAUGAUUUGUCUAAGAAAGUGUAUAACUACAGGCAUAGCAGAGCUCGGAGAGUUUCGGAGAAUGCGUUCGGUAUUUUAUGCCAGAAAUCUAGAAUUUAUUACCGGAAGAUGUGUCUUAUUCCAAAGCGUGCUGAAAAUGUCAUACUUGCCACUUGUGUCUUACACAAUUUCUUACGGAAUGAGGCAGCAGUAUUUGAAAACGAAGAGCCAGGCGAUAUUCAAUUGCAGGACCUUGUUCGCACAGGAGGAAAUUUCGUAAAUAGCGCAAUACAAGUACGGGAAAGUUUCAAAGAAUAUUUCAGUUCUCCUGAAGGAAGCGUGGUCUGGCAGAACGAUUCUGCAGCUCAAGGAUGUCAGCGAAGGGAUAAUUAAUAGUUUUAACUUACUAAACAGAAAGUGCUAAUAAAAACCAUUAUAAAAAGCAAAAA